AUGGACGACGAUCCAUGGGGAAUGUCGCUCCUCCAGGGCGAUGAAUGGGAUGCAUUCGCAUCCCAGCUCGACGACGAUAGCCCCAUGCCAUCCCCAAUUGGCGAAGGAUCAAGCAAUCUGAGCCCUCCAACUGCGGUCCAGGAAAGCGCUAUCGCCCAGGAGUCUCCCGAUAGGGCGGAAAAGGCCACUGGCAACUCUGAGGAAACGUUCAAGCUCAAGGAAACCGAGGCCGAAGUGGAGGCGCGUCUUGCCAAGGAGAUGUCUAGCAGCAUGAACACUGCGCUUUGGAUCCAGGCGGCCAUACUUGGUGUCGUUGCUUCCAUCGCUGUGCACCACUGGCUCAAGAAGUGA